AUGGUGCCCAUCGGCGCGGCGCACGAUCGAGGCCUGCUGCACCGUGGCGUCUGGAUCGGUGUUCUACGCGGGCCUGCGACGGCAGCUGAGCUGCUCCUGCUGCAGCGCAGCGAUAGGGUCGUAACUUGCCCGACGGCGUGGGGCCUCGUCGGCGAGCACAGCGCGCCGAGCGAGGCGUGGGAGUCCACGGUCCGCCGGGCUGUGAGGGAGGAGCUCGGCGUGGUCGAUAUCGCCUCGCUGGGCCCUCUGGGCGUGCCGGUCCUCUUCAAGUCCAACUACUCGCGCGACGGCGGGCUCGGGGGGCGGAGGGACCGCACGAAGCUCGACCUGCAGGUGACUGCGCUGUACUGGGUGCGGCUGGCCGAGGGGGCGGAAACGCGGCUCCGCUUCGACGCGGAGGUUGCGCGCUGGAGGUGGGCGAGCACGGAGGCGGUGCGAGCAAUGCUGGCGCGGGAGAGGAGCCGCCUGUGCAACGACAAGAUCCGCACACUCUUGGACCACGCGGUGCCUCUCCUCGAGGCGCACCUCGCCGAGGAGGCGGCUGGCAGGCGGCUGGGGCCGGGCGAGCGGAGACGGAGACGUUACAGUGGUGAAGAUCGAUCGCGUCGGUUGGAUGUCUGA